GGAAAAAAAAAGAAGGAAGCAAAAAGAAUAAUGUUCAAAAGCAACAAAGAAGCGAAAAAAAAGUAAAUAAAGAGAAAGGAGCGAAAAGAAGCAAAAAACAGAGGAAGAAGCAAAAAGGAGCAAAAAAGGGUAAAAAAAAGAAGGAAGCAAAAAGAAUAAUGUUCAAAAGCAACAAAGAAGCGAAAAAAAAGAACCAAAGAAAAAGAACUGAAAAAAAAGAACCGGAAAAAAAGAAACAAAAAAAAACAGCAAGGCAAAAGCAGCAAAGCAAAAAGAACAAAGUAAAAACAGUAACACGAAAGCAGCAACGUGAAAGCAGCAACGCAAAAGCAACAAAACAAAGCAGCAAAGCGAAAAUAGCAAAGCAAAAACAGCAAAGCAAACAGCAAAAACAAAAUCAGCAAAAAAGAAAACAGCAAAAGCAGCAAAAGCGACAAAAGCAAAACAAAAACAACAAAACAAAAUCGGCAAAAAAAGAAUGA